GACGUCAUCGAGCAUGAAGGGAGGAAACUGCGUUUGGUAGUUUUUCCUUCUAAACUGGGUUCAAAUUCACGGAUACAGAUAUGUGUGAUUUCGUGUGCUAUAUUCUAGACAAGCAGAAGGGCCCUGGGCUGCUGAUGAAGAAAGGAUUGACCCUCAUUGUCAUCGGUCAUGUUAAUUUCAUCCUGAGUGCCAUUGUCCAUGGCAGCGUGUUACGCCAUGUAUCCAAACCCAGCAAUGAGAUCUCAACAGAGUAUACCGUAUCAAACAUCAUCUCCGUCUCCUCAGGACUGCUGAGCAUUGCAAGUGGAAUUGUUGCAAUAUUGGUGUCAAGGAAUAUUGCCAACUUGAAGCUGCACAUCGGUCUGUUAGUGAGUUCCUUUCUGAACGCCUUUCUCUCGCUGGCGUGUUUAGUGGGGCUGAUUUUGGCGAUCAGUAUGACCAUUUCAGCCGACGGGAGCACGCUCAUGAAAGGAUGUAAUUCCACUAACAUGCCUGUGAAUGCACGAUCUCCGGUCAUCGUCAACUGUCCUUUCGAUGCCACCCGCAUCUAUGACACAACUCUUGCUCUGUGGUUCACCUGUGCUGCAUUCACAGCACUUGAGGCUGGACUGUCUGUGUGGUGCUUUAUUGUGGGUCUCCAGUUAAGAGGCAUCGGACCCUGUGCUCAAACCUACAUCAGAGAGCAGCUAGAAGAGGAGGCACUAGCAUCAGGAUCAAAGAUGGACCAAGACCACACAACUCAAGGAGAGCGUCUCAUUGCACAUCACUCCGCCAGCGCUUAGAGAGACAGUCCCAAGGUUAAGGUGGAAGUUUAAUUAAAUGCUGUGUAGUGAAACAGAUCAUAACAGUGGUUUGCAUUCAUACUGAGUUACAUUCUGAGUUUGUAUUAUAUGAUAAUGGUAGAUGAAUUGAAGCACUGAGGUUAUGAUACAGACAGUCAGUUGAGCUCCAAUCAGAUGAACGUUUGGACUAAAUGUUUCCAGUCCACACAUGUAGACUGUAAUUAGGCCGAAAACAUCAUUAUAUCCAUUAUGUUGUUUUCUGAAACUGUAUCUGGAGUUACUUUUUGUGGUUCUUGUUUACAUUGAAAAACCCAACUUGUGCGUAAUUUCAAAAUUAAGAUGAUGAUUUUUCUAAAGUGACUAUUUGUAUUCUUUUUUUAUACGAGAUGUUAUUGUGCUUGUGAUGUCAAAUAUACCAAAAAUAUUUUAGUUAACUUGAAAGCAGUUGUUUUAAUAGCUAAUGUGCCACAGACUGCUCUCUAUAGCCGGUAGUCAUUCAGAUAUUCCAGUAUGCAGUAUAGAGAGUGUGCCAGAGCGCCGUGAGACAUGUUAAUAUGAGUUGGAUUUAAUGAUGCAGAGGAAAAUCUCACAUUCACAGAUAAUCCAGUAUGAUUAAAGGCAUUAAAUAUUGACAUAGUGACGUGCCUGACACUGUCAAAGCAAAGGGAUUUCCCUCUACAUGAUGCAUUAUAGUUCAUUUCAAAAGACUGUGUUUGUGUGUUUAGAGAACUGUAAUUUUGUUUCAUUCCUGACAGAUUAUUCAAAAGUUCCUCAUCUGAGUUCAGAGAGGUAAAGCAUUGCUGUCUACAUUUCAUUUUAUUACUUUUUAACACUGUAGUAUGUCGUUGUUAUC